CUUGCAGGGAGGGAGGAAGUGGGGAAAAGGGGAAAGAGGUUAGGUUUAGGUUGUGUGGAUCUGAAAGAGCUUAAAGGCAGCACAUGCCUUUUGAACUGAUCACCUGAGUGUCUGUAUCCCAGCAGCGCUUAAGGAGCUGCUGACGCGCUAGAGCCUAUUAAUCAUUCACCAGCACCAGAGCCGCGCCAAUUAAUCUUCAGCAGCUUGGUCCUUCAGGCAGCCUUCUUUCCCCUCCCCAAGCUAUUCUGCUCCCCGGAGCCCCAGAAAAUCAGGCAGCAGCGCUCAGACAAGACUCCGGCAAUGCGCCCCGUCACCAGUCGGAGCCGGAGCAGCAUUCCGAGCCGCAACCUCUAGCACCGUGCCCUACAGCGGUAACCUGAAGGAGGUGAAGGAGCUGUCUGGGAAGUGGCAGCUCCCAAAAGCUACGGGACCGACUGCGGAGCGCUAGGGGAGGACCAGAGCGGGAGAGCGCGUCCCAGACCCGGCCUGCCAUCCAGGCCGGAAUGUUUCCCAACGAUACUGACUCGUUCCCUGCCUCCUCAUCUAGCAGCAGCCCCAGCAGUAGCAGCGGCGGCCCUGGCCCAGGGUCCAUCGCUCCUGAGGGCACGGAGGAGCCAGGGCGCAACGCUAGUCAGAAUGGGACCUUGAGCGAGGGGCAAGGGAGCGCCAUCCUCAUAUCCUUUAUCUAUUCCGUGGUUUGUCUUGUGGGGCUCUGCGGCAACUCCAUGGUUAUCUAUGUGAUCUUGCGCUACGCCAAAAUGAAGACCGCCACCAAUAUCUACAUCCUGAACCUGGCCAUCGCGGACGAGCUGCUCAUGCUGAGCGUCCCCUUCCUAGUCACCUCCACGCUGCUGCACCACUGGCCCUUCGGCGCGCUGCUCUGCCGCCUGGUGCUCAGCGUGGACGCAGUCAACAUGUUCACUAGUAUCUAUUGCCUAACUGUGCUCAGCGUGGACCGCUAUGUGGCUGUGGUGCACCCCAUCAAGGCGGCCCGCUACCGUCGGCCCACAGUGGCUAAGGUGGUGAACCUGGGGGUGUGGGUGCUCUCGCUGGUGGUCAUCCUGCCUAUCAUCGUCUUCUCCCGCACGGCUGCCAAUAGUGAUGGCACAGUGGCCUGCAAUAUGCUUAUGCCAGAGCCUGCUCAGAGCUGGCUUGUAGGUUUCGUCCUGUAUACUUUCCUCAUGGGCUUUCUCCUCCCAGUCGGGGCCAUCUGUUUGUGCUAUGUGCUCAUCAUUGCCAAGAUACGCAUGGUAGCCCUUAAAGCCGGCUGGCAACAACGCAAGCGCUCAGAGCGCAAAAUCACCUUGAUGGUGAUGAUGGUGGUCAUGGUCUUUGUCAUCUGCUGGAUGCCCUUCUAUGUGGUACAACUGGUUAAUGUCUUUGCUGAACAGGAUGAUGCCACUGUGAGCCAGCUCUCGGUUAUCCUGGGCUAUGCUAACAGCUGUGCUAACCCUAUCCUCUACGGUUUCCUCUCCGACAACUUCAAGCGCUCUUUCCAGCGCAUCCUUUGCCUUAGCUGGAUGGAAAACACAGAGGAACCGCUUGACUACUACGCCACCGCCCUCAAAAGUCGGGGCUACAGCGUGGAGGACUACCAACCAGAUAACGUGGAGUCCAGAGGCGUCUAUGGCAACGGAACCUGCACCUCCAGGAUUAGCACCCUUUGAAGGACUGUUGGGAGAGCAAUGCUAGGUGGUGAAUUGGGCGUAGGGAUGGGGGCGGGGUUGCUGUUUGAAUGGACGGGAGGGGGUGUCAGAAGAUUGGAACAAUUCAGUGAAGCAUGUCUCAGAGUGCAGGUCGAGCAUGAAAGGAAAAAAUGAGAGUUGUGUAAUUUUGAAAGAAAGGAAUAAGGAGCUGAAAUGAGCAGGGGCAAAAACAAAAACAAAAACAAUAACAAAAACGGGAUUGUGUCCCAGGGCUGCAUACAAUGCUUUCUCCAAUUUCCUUCCUUUCUAGAGUGCCCCUAUCCCUACCAUCUCCUCUCUCUCUCUCUCUCUCUCUCUCUCUCUCUCUCUCUCUCUCUCUCUCUCUCUCUCUCUCUCUCUCUCAAAAUUUCUCUUUGGCUCCUUCUGUCAGUUUCUAGCUGAUGAUUUGUUGUUUUUACCUUAUUCAACCUCAAUGUGGACCUUCCCUUCCUCUGUUCAGCUACUCUACCUCUCUUUGUUUGGUCAAACAAGAGGGCUUGGCAAAUUCCAUUGUUAAUACCUCCAGUUUCCCCUUGUAUUUCUUCUCCAUCUCAUGAUCCCAGCCUCCUCUGCAUUCCCUACUCAUGUAGGCAGGGUCAGGUAGCUGGGCCUAGGACUCUCAUCCUCUGCUGCCAGAUUCCAAACACUAGUCUACUUCUCUUGGAGAAGAAAAGACACUGGAGGGCCCUCUGAAAAAGUCACCUCUCCCUCCUUUCACCUGUUAUUUAGGCACUCAGUAGAAAAAUACAGGAAUAAUAGGAGACCUUUAACCUGAGUUCAGGAUUAUAGAUAGACAGCAAAUAUACUCUCCCAAACAAAAGAAUAAAACUUUCCAGAGACAACACUGAAAGAAAUUGUCCACUCCCAGGCCUACAUUUAUUCUCUCCCUCACCCAGAAGAAGCUGGGUGCUUAGAACAAUGGGGAUCUACUUAGAAUACAUAGUACCAGCAUUAUCUUGGUCAUCCAGGAGCCUAAAAUUGCAAGGUUGGGGUGGUUCCCUCCUUUUUCCUCUACCCAUCACCUCCCACUCCCUAGCACUCAUUUCUAACAUUCCUUUUUAACUGUCAUUCCAUUCAGCUAAUCUCAUAGACCAAGAGAGUGUAAUUCCCAGGGUAAAAUCAGGUUUGAUUUUAUAGGUGUUAGCCCCCUGGUAAUCUCCAUCACAUCCUCCAUGUAACCUGCCAGCAUCUACUUCUAAAAUCCAACUAUGCGGUGCAUGGGGCAAGGAGUUAAGUAAGGUCAAUCCACCUUUGAAAUACCAAGUGGGGCCAUACCAGAAAAAAACAAAAGAUUUUUAUGGAACUGUGGCUGCUGGGCUGCUCAGAUGUUUACCUACUUACCCUACUCCAUGCCCCACCCCCUAUUUUACCCCUCCCAACAGGCUCCCUGCAGUUUAAUUUUUAAGGGUUACAAUUCUUAUAAUAGUGUGCCUAAUGAGUCCUCCUAUCUUAGCUGCAUGUGUGUGCAUUCAUUCAUUCAUUUACUUAUUCAUUCAUUCACUCACUGACUGUAUUUGAAAAGUAUCUUUCCUACCCUCCUCAGUCUAAAUAUAAGUUCUUUGAAUAGUAUUCAAGAGAAUCUGAUAAAGAGAUGGUGAUUUAGUCUAGUCUGGUAAUAUAGAAGGCUCCUUCUCAUAUUGUACACUCUUUCAGGGUCUUCUUCUCUCCCCUUUCCUCUCACUUUUCCUUCCUUUCUCUUUCCAUUUUUUGGUGUGUGCCCAGUAAACUUUUUAGAUGUUUUUCAUACAUUUCUUAUUAUGGUCUCCUGUUUGUAAUAUAACAAAUUAUAUGAAUUACAAUCAGUGCCCUGCAAUGUACAGUGAUAGGUCCCAGUUCUUCCCACUUUGAGCAUGAUACUGUGCCAUAUUUGAGCAGAUUUAAAUAUAUAUGUAUGAAUGUGUAUAUGUAUACAUGUAUAUAUGUAUGUGCAUAUAUAUGUGUAUAUGUGUGUAUAUAAGUAUAUACACAUAUAUGUAUAUUUCUGUGUCAAUGAAACAAUGCCAAAUACAGCUAACAGGAAAUCUAGUUAGUGAACCAUUUUCUGGAGUAUACCACUUAAAAGAACUCAAGCUAAAAGCUCAGAAACAUAUAAAACACUAAGUAAGUACUGUACGACCAAGGAACAUUAAACAUUGUGUUUCUUGGGCUUGUUUCCUGGGCUUUGACUUAGUUCAGAGGUUAUCUUAUCAUGAAGCCUUCUUAGCUCUUGGGGAACAUAGGGAGAAUAGUUAAUGUACAUUGCAUGUCUCCCUAAGGAAAUUUGAGCUGGAUGAAUUCAGUCUAGCUCAUAGUAAGCAUCAUAUAAAUCUAGAUUAAUUAGUGGUGAGAUGGAGUACAAAGUCAGAUAAUUAGAAAUUCCAAACCACAAAUCAUUUUUGAAAGUAGGCAGGUAUAAAUAUUAAAUACAGAAAACAAAUGUAUGUUCUUCCAUUGAAGCAAAACAGACAUUGCAGCCACUAUAGAAAAAUAUUUUAAUGCUUCCAGAAUAAUUAGCUUUCCUUAGCAAAAAGAUUUGCUUUUAAAAUAGCAACUAAUGGAGGCAGCUAGGUGGUACAGUGGAUAAAGCACUGGCCCUGGAUUCAGGAGGACCUGAGUUCAAAUGUGGCCUCAGACACUUCGCACUCACUAGCUGGGUGACCCUGGGCAAGUCACUUAACCCUCAUUGCCCCACCCCCCCAAAAAAAGAAAAAGAAAAGCAACUAACAAAAAAAAGAUUCCUUUAAAAAUGAACAGUGUUGCUUUUGGUUGUAAUUAAAAUAAAAUUUUGCCCCAAAUAUCUUUAUUUGUUAAAUAGAAUUGAAUUAUCAAGAACAGUGAAGUUUACAUAUUAAAAAAGUUUUAUCAUAAUCUUAAACUACCAAUUUAAUCUUCUUAUUCUGUCAUUCUGUUAAUAUAACUGUGAUGUUAGCUUAAGAAACAAGUAUAUUAUUGUAUACUAAUCUGUUUACAUGUUGUAUACUCCUCACCCCUGUAAAUGUAAGUUUCUUGAGGUCAAGGACUGUUUCAGUCUUUGCAUCCCCAAUGCCUAGCACAGUGCCUUGUACA